CUGAAUAUGGGAUGCUACUCCUUUGUCAAGAGACGACAACGGCGGUGCUGUAGUUAACGUCUUAGCAGUAAAAAUUAAGUAAUACGUCAUCCUCAUUUGACAAGAAAUAUUUUAAAACAUACUUGGCUUUUAUACAAGUUUUUAAAUCAAUUGGUAUGCAUUUUUGGCUAAUUUAAUGGAGUUUUAUUUGAAGUAUUUUGUGAUCAGUGAUGCCUACCUGGUAUUUUGGGACAUUUUCUGGUGCAAAGUCACACAAAGCUUAGGCUUAAACUUAACUCUAAAACUUAAAGUCAAAGUCUUUAGUGCAGCUAAGUCUAAGAACAGAACCAGCUAAGUCUAACUAAGCCCUGCCUAAGCUGCUAAGUCUAAGUAAAAGAGUAAAAAGCAUGCUUGAUGAUAUGCCUAAUUAUUGUUGUUAUGAUAAAUAUUAAUAAUUGAGUCUACAAAAUUAAAAGUAAAUACUUUUAAAUAUAUGCAGUUUAAUUAUUAACCCUUACAGUACCCGGCGCGUCUUUUUGCAGUGACCUAAUUUUUCCCUGUGACCCAAGCGCGUCUAUUUGCCACAUAGAGGAGUAUCUAAUAAAAACACAGAAACGAGGAUAUAACCUUUCACCCCAGUCUCGGGCAGAAUGAUUAUUUGUUAGGGGAAUAGUCAAAUUUUAAUUUGCCUUUUAAAUUAUGAAAAUCGACCAAUUACUGAGUUUUUUAUGCUGAUCUGUAUUUGUUGUUUCCAUGGCGCUACCUAAUCGCUAUUGUUGAUGGCGACUUACGCCCACUUGAUGAAACCUAUUUGUUCUGAAAAUAUUAUUGAGCUUUGAUUGGGAUUAGAAGUGUUUUUUAAACACCCUUAUCCAUUUCUGAACAGAUAAUUCUCUACAUGUUAUUAUCAAUUAUUUAAAACAAAAACGUUACAAAAUAAAUUAACAGUCCCAUGAAAUUUUGACUCGUUCCAAAAUAAUGUCUGGGCAACAGGGAAUAAUUAGCCAAUUAAUGGCCGGUACUGAGACAAUAAAAGCAAAAAGUAGGUCAGUACUGUAAGGGUUAAGUAAGACCUGGUUAAACAGACAAAAUAGAUACUUUGAUAAAAUUUAAAAAAAAUAAACUUAUGGUAUAGUUGAAUAGAGUUAAUUUUUUACAGAAUUAUAACACCAAAAUCAUAUUUUUAGCUGUUGUAGUUUUAAAGUUAUGAAUUUUUUAAGUAGGUACGCGGAUGAAGCUAGGGAGACUACUAAAAAAUUUGUAUGGGAAAUAGACGUCUGCGCACGAAAAUCCGAGUUUUUAAUUUUUUUAUAGUGGAACUAUUUCAUUCAUAAAAUAAUUACUAUAUCCCAGAAUUGUGUUCCUCUUCCGGCCUUUCGCUUUAGAGGACAUCUUGGCCUACAUUUUAAUAAAUUUCUUUUUCAUUUUCAAUCGGUCAGCUUUGAGAAAAUCCUUGGUAAAUGUAAGGCAACUUUCAUCAUUAAAAUUAAGUCGAAGUAUCCGGGAAAUGUAUUGAUCUACAUGUAUGCCAAUUUUCACAGCGAUAUGUGUUUUACGAGAGACGCCAUCUUUCUAUGGGUUCGCAGCAGGUCAUGCAGUUGGCUCAACCUGAUUUCGCCAUGGGGUGGGCCACACCCCCUUUUUAAUGGCGGAAGUUGCCGAUACUUAGGAAAUAUAAAUUUAUUACCACUAUUUACAUCAAAAUAUUUGAUAACUUGAGUUUCAGAAUGCAUUUUGAAGACAUUUAAACUGGAAUGUUCUAAUUUUAGCUUUAACAACCCGGUAGAGUCCAUAUUAUAAAUGAUCAGAAUUUACGGUGUGUAACACGUUGUCAUUGACAACCAUUCACAGCCACUUGCAUAAUGGCUGUAUCGUAGUACUACCUCAGAGUUUCAUUCAUAAGAGUUUGCAGUGUGCAAAAACUAUUAAACCAUUGGUCAGGGUAAGCUUUAAUUAAUUAUUCAUGUGCCAAAGUUGAAAGUUUAAACUAAGUCGACCCUAAACAGUAUUUUAGUGAUAAGGGAAUGCGUUGCCUUAUAUAAAGUAUAUAGUCAUUGUGCAUGACGCGAACAGCGGAAUGAGGUCACAAGAUGUGGAGGUUUCAUCCAUAGUAAAAAAUACCAAACGAACUCACACUUUAAAAAUUUGUAGCUCAAAAACUACUUAUGCUAAAAAGUUGAUUCUGGUUUCUUUUUUUUAUUUGGACCUUGUUCUAACGAACUGUAUUAUUAAAAAAAUAAUUUCAAUUUUUUAAAAAUUUAUAUUAAAGUACCUAUUUAAAGUAAGUCCUCAUUUGUCCUUUUUUAACAUGUGACCCAAUUCAACUGUUCUGGUCACAAGCUAUAUAACUCUAGUUUUAAUUGACACAAAUAUGCAUUGAUAGAUAAUACAGAGUAAGAUUUAAUAUGAAAGACAUAAGAGUUGAACUUCUAUACAAAUUUUUUAGUGAAAGAUGCCUUCUAUUUAAAGGGAAAUUUCAAAAUAUAGUUUGAUUGAAAAAUCCAAACAAAUCAAUGAAAAUGUAGGCCAAGCUGUCUACUAAAGUGAAAGGCCAGAAACGGAACUCAAAUAUAUGUCAAAAGUACUCAUUUAUUAAUAUAUAGACACACCAUUUGGAAAAUUAAAAAGUAGGAUUUUUCGGAACCAUUCUCAGUUCCGAUACACAAAAAGUAGUAAUCUCCCUUGUUUUACCGAAGUACCUAGACAAAGCAUAAUACUAAGAAGUCGGGAAAUGUUGGUUGGUGCACCAAUCAUUUCCCAUGGCCACCAUUUUGGUUGCUACCAUGACAUAUCAAAGUUGUGCAAACCACCCUCUGCUAACAUGGGGAGGCGAAAGAGAGAAUGUGCUGUUAUAGAAACCUACAGAGAGGAAUAGGAACAAAAUGUUAAAAUGUAAAGAAAUAAUUUCAGCCGGUACAUUAAUUUUGUGGCGAACUAAGAAACUUUAUUAAUUGUAUCCCUCUAGAUAUGCGUCAAGAAGUGCAAUGACCUGCGGUUACAUAGUUACACCCUGUUGUAAGGAAAGGUUUAAAAUGAAGAAAAACAAUACAAAAUAAUUUUUUUUAAAUAAUGAAAACCUAACUUACAGUUUCAUAUUAAUAAAAUAUACUUAUAAUUAUACACACUUUAUUGCAGGUUCCACCCAAAAAUAAAAUCCAGAAGUUUUCAGAACUCAAUACAAUACCCAUUUUUCAAAAGCCGGAAAAUUUAAAUUUUAUAACUAACCACCUAAUGAAAUUAUAAUUUUAAAUAUUCUAUCUGCAUAUUAAUAUUAAAUAUCAAUAGUAACACUCCAAGAAAAAACAAAAAGGGGAGCAUCCUACAUUUAAACUCAAAGUUGUGAGCCGAACCAACAUUAGCCAACUAAGUCUAAUGCUCGCUUGCCUGCUGUGAAAGAGGGGUUUACUUUAGAAGGCAAGAAACAUGCUCUUUAUUUACUAUUUACCACAAGUGCCUGGGUGAGCCAUUGGGAAUAAUUGGGGUGUUCAGAGGGCACAAUUUUUUAUUGUGUAUUAUUUCAUUAUGUAUUAUUGAAAUUAAUUCUGACCGAAAAAUGAUCAUUGAUUGAUAUAUUUACUAAAUAUGAUUGAGUUGGUCACAUAAUGUGCAAGUGCGGUUCAUAGUAAAAAGGACAAAAAAUCUCAAAUUUAAAAAAAAAAAUUAUAGCUAAAAAACUUUUCAAAUUGAUCUUGAUUUCAAUUUUGUAAAAGUUUGCUCUAUACCAGGGUUUCUCAAGCUUUUCGUGGACUGGUAGACAAGUUUUGAAAUGGCAAAAGGGAAUAAUCUUUUCUUUUUAUUAAGACAAUAAAUAUUCGUGUAGUGCAGACCGGCAACGUAAGGCUGACAGACUGGUGUGGGUUCCUGGACCAUCAGUUGGGAAACAUUGCUCUAAACAACUAAUAUUUUUGAAAUUUUAGUUUUUUCUGUACAGAAGCCGCCAAGGCUACUUUCAUCCAAAUUUAGGCCCAGUGCCUUCAGCCUUUCUGGGAAAAUGAGGAUCAUUGUGCUCUACCCACACCAUAUUAUAAUUAGGACGAGAACGCAACAGAGUCCAUUAAUUUAUCUUGUUUUGGGAGAUAGCAGACUUAUCUAUAAAUUUUGGGGGUUAAAAUAGAGAGUGUUACCCAGAGCAUGAUGCACCCUAAGCACAGAGAUCUCUAAUCAGGAUUAACAGGAAAUAUUAAACUGAGUUUAAAUCAAUUUAAUAAUUAUAGAGAUACAUUGAGUUUUCUAAAAAAAUGAUUUUAAGAAAAAUCAGUGCUUGACAAUGGAUAGAACAAAAGGCCUAUGUACCCAAAUAAUUGAAAUUGAUUUAAAAUAUAAUACAUUUUUAUUAGAACUUUUUACCAUCAUUGUACUGAAAAAUUUCACGAUUAAUUGUUUUUGUAAGUUAGUAUGAUCAUCUUAUUAUGAAAUAUCAAUGAGUCAAUCAGUUUAUUCAUGUUUUUCUUAUAUAUUUUAAUUUUAUAACAGAAUUUUAAACUAUUUUCCAGCAUAUUCGCUAUACUCCAGUGUUAUUAAGUGUCUCAGCCUCUACAAUGGCUGAUGUCAACAAACUCGUCUUUUCUAUUUUGAAGUUCCUUGAGGAUCAGAAAAAAUCGGGCCAGCUUGAUGAUGAAGCAGCAGAAAGUUUAGAAGGUUAAGCUAUAUUUGUCUAAAUUAACAAGACAUAAGCCUAUCAAAAAAUUUAUUUAUGUUUUUACAUAUUUAGUUUAGCAAUUCGUUUUACGGAUAUUGGUUUUCAAGUAUUUUUAUAAUUUUAUCAGAGAUUAAAAAAUUCAUGAAUGUAAAUUUAGACUUUUUGAAGUCGCUACAAGAACAAAUUUGAUUGCAAAUAUUCAUCUUAAAAUGUAUAAAUACGAGCGUUGAGAUUAUUUAAAUCAACCGACUUAAAAAAUUGACUUAAAUAGAUUUAAAUCAGACCAAAAAAAAUCAGGAUUUAAACCAUUUGGAUUUUAAUUAAUUUUAAUUAUUAUUUAUUUAUGUAAUCUAUUUAUAAUUAAAGGCAUUUACUAAACACAACUCAAGCUUGCUAUUAAGUAUUACAUAAUAUAUUAUUUCUUAAUAUACAAAAACAAGUUUCCAUAAUUUAAUAAUUUUUACAUUUAAAAUGUCAUUUUUAUUGAACUUUUCAUUUUUUAUUUUUUUUACUUAAAUAUUGUGUUUUUGCCAAUAUAACACAUGUUGUCACAUGGAACGUGUUGGUUGAAUGCCUUGAAUCAUACCUGAAACACUAGCCAAUUUUACUAGCCAUUUGUGAAGAAAACAGAGCAAUCAUCAAUAAAAAUAUUGGAAAAAUUGUAAGUAGCCUUGGAGUAAAGAGAAGCGCUGAAAAACUUUAGCAAAUGCUUAAACGAACUGCCUUAGACCAAAUGCAGAGUGACAGUUGUACCAUUGGUGACCAUGCAAUGCUAUGGAAAAACCUUCAGAAAGAAUUAACUACCACAAUAAGCAGGGAUGCUAAGAAAUGCUUGCACAAAAGAAUUCAGCAAGCAAUGACUUGAGGUUAAUUUCUUGGCUAAUAUUGUACAUCCUAAAUACUGAGGUAGAGAACUGACUGAAAAUGAAAUAAAGAUUGGGAUGGAAUUUGCAGCUUCAAAGAGUCCAGAUUUUCUUCCACUUACGAUUAAUUUCAGAGCUGAAGCUUCACCAUUUCAAAAGUUAAUGUUCCAAGACAACAUUGUUGAAGCCAUUCAACUUUGUGUUUGGUGGCAUUCUCAUAGGAAUCAUUUGAAUAAUGAAUUACUGAAUAUUGUUGAUCAGUUGUUGACAGCUAUUGCAUCAUCUUCUGGAGUUGAAAGAAUAUUUCAUCCUUUGGUCUUGUACAUUUAAAGAUUAGAAGUCAGCUUGGGGUUGAGAAAGCUGAAAAAUAGUUAUCCUUUUCAAAUUAUUUAAUCAUUAAGAUUUGGUGGAAUCGAAUGACAUUGACCACUGAAAAUAUCACAUUGAUAAUGAUAUGGAUAAUUUGAGUUUGAAAGUGUGAAACUGAAUUGAAAUUCUUAUAGAUCAGUUAGAGACUAUGACUAUCGUUGAUGUUAAGCUUUUAAAGCUUUUUAUUAAAUUAAAUGAUUUGCUAUUUCUGUAUAAUUUUAUUAGAAUAUGAAAAGUUUCAAUCUUGAAAAACAAAAUCCUUUUCAAUGGAUUUAUUUAUGAUUUUAAUUUUUACAUUAUUAUUUUUUACUAAAAUCAUGAUGUAAAAUCCAAUUAAUUUGUUUUAAAAAUAUUUAAAUAGUAUGACUGCAUUAUGUUUAAUCUUUAUAAUAAAAAAAACGUGUAAAGAAAUAGUUUUUAAAAAAAUAAGAAAGAAAAUGAUUUAAAUUUAAAUAUAUUAAAAUAAAUAAAUCCAAUUUAAAUUUUAAAGAAUCUGAUUUAAAUUUAAAAAACUGAAUUUUAAUCAAAAUGCAUUAUUUAAAUAAUAUUAACUAAAUAAUGUUUAAUUUUUAUCAAAGUUAAUAUACUUCCAAAUCUAAAGAAAUACUUUUUCCCCCCUUUUUAAAUAAUUUUCAAUUUAAAAAAUUUGACUUAAACUUAAAUCAAAUAAUUUUGAUUUUUUUCUUAAAAGUAGGAUUUUUAUCAACCCUGAUAAAUACUUCGUUAUAUUUUUUUUCCAUAUCUAAACCCGAUGGCUUAGCCAAUAUUUUAUUCUAGAUUUAAAAAAGAAUGAAUAAAUAAUACUAUAUAAUAUAAAGCAUUUCCUGAUAACUGUUUGUUUUUCUUGGCCUUUUGAAAGUUGAACUUCUUAAAAAUUAUGAUUUUACGACCAUUAAAAACUUAAAAAUCUUAUUUCUAAAUCAUUACAAUAAAUUACCUGUAUUUUGUUUACAGUUGCUGUACAGUGUUUAGAGCAAGUUUAUAAGAUAAACACAGCUGAUGAGGAGUGUGUGCGGAAGUUUUCAGUUCCUCAAAACUUAUUGGAUAUUUUUAAUGCUCAGCUCAAUGAGGUUUGUACUGGGGAGCAGAUUAAUACUGCUUUUCAAAACACUUGGUUUGAAUAUUUGUAACUGUGUUAAAAUGUAAUUACUUGAAAUUAUAAUUUUGGAUUUAAAAAAUUAAUCAUUAAAAGUGCCAUAUUUUACCAUAUUUUAACAAUUUUAAUUGUUUUGUAACUUUUUUUCUCUUUAAAAGACUGAAUCAGAUCUUGCCUCAUUGUCAUUACAUGAGGCAACACCUGAGCAAAAAGAAGAAGCUGAAAAGCUUAAGAAUAAAGGUAUGAAGUGUUCUUGACUUGUAUUGAAAAAUGUCAUAUUAUUUUUUUUAUAAAACUGGAAUAAUCAAUUAUUACUUUGUUUUAAAAAAAGUCAUCCCUGUAAGCUUUGGUUAGUAUGAAUUGAAACUUGGAUAAAAUAGUACCUGGUUCGUCAAACAAAUUUUAUUUUAAAAAAUAAUAAAAAUUGCAUAAAAUUUAAUGCAUAUACUUUUUCAAAAACUAUUUCAAGGAAAUGAUUUUAUGAAGUCUGAAAAGUUUUCUGAUGCUCUUGAGAGUUAUUCUCAAGCUAUUCGGCUUGAUGCAAGAAAUGCAGUAUAUUUCUGUAACAGGUUUGAAUCUUUCUCACCUUAUUUUAAGUUUCCUGUAUGAUUCAGAAUAACAUACCAACGACCAAACAAUAGAUAUAUUUUUGGAAAUUUCAUUCCACCAAUAAGUGUAACAAUAAAUUAUUAAACCAAACAAGGAUGUCUUUCUCUAACAGUUUGACUAAGAGAAAAAUAAAUAUAAUUAGACUUUUUGAAAUUUGAAAUACAAUUUUUUUCUUGCUAUCAAUGGGAUCAAUUCAAUAUGCAAAUAUUGCAGGGCUGCAGCUUACAGCAAGCUCAAUAAACAUCAGCAAGCUAUUGAGGAUUGUAACCGAGCUCUUGCUAUAGAUCCAAGUUACAGUAAAGCUUAUGGUCGCAUGGGGUAAGUAUAAAUUAUGGUUAAAAUUUAAGAAAAGCUAACUUACAAAAAGUUAAAAAAACUAACACUAUUACUAUUACUAUAUUUUACCAUUUAAAGCAUAACUUUGCUAUAAAAUCUGUUUGUAGAAAAGAUGUUUUUUUUGUUGUUUUUUUUUAGAUGUUUCAGUGAUUUACUCAGUUAUAAGGGUUAAAACCUUUUUAGUUUAAUUUUGGUUCAUUAUAAAUAAUGCUAAAAUUUAUUAUGAAAAAAUCACUAACUCUCCAAGGUGUUAACCUUUCAAAGGUGUUUUCUUUCUAUCCCAGCAUGUUUUCUUUACCCCUUUUAUAUAUAUACAUUCAUAACUGAAAGUAUGUGUUUUAAAAUAUCACAUUUGUAGUUAUUUGAUAACUUUUAUUUUUGACAUGAACACAGACAAGUAACUUUAGAAAACAUUUUUGACAUUCAGUACCGUUAACAUAAAAAUGACAAAUUAAAAAUUUCAUCACAGCAUUGCCUUUACCGCUUUAGAAGAUCAUGAAAGUGCAUUUGAAUGUUACCGUAAAGCCCUGGAGUUAGAUCCUGAUAAUCAAAGCUAUCAAAAUAAUUUAGAAAUUGCAGAGCAGAAAUUAAAAGAAGCUGCUGUUCAGGUUUGUAAAUAGCUUUCACUUAAAUAAUUUUUGGGUAUUAAUCAUUCAUAAAGUGACGACUUGAAGUAUAAUUAAUAAAUUGAAAACAAAUGAUGGUAGAUUUAAGUGGCUACAUGGUUUUGUUGUUUUAGUGAAGUGAUAUGUUAAAUCAGCCUUGUUAAGUAUAGCUGGCGUUUUUGACUUUGUGAAUUUUUGUCUUAACAUUGAGGCCUCUCCAUGCUAAAUAAAUAACAUAAAUGAAAUCAUGACACAUUUUUUUAAUUAAACAUUUUUUAAUGCUGGGGUAUAAAGUCUUUUUUAUAUUCAUGCUUUACAAAGGGAGCAUAAGAUAAAGUAUUGCUCCUGAAGCUUAUAAAAACUAAAUGCCAGAAUUAGAAAUUUUAUGUUACUAUCAUUUUGUUAAUAUUGUUGUAUCGUACCACAAUUAUGAAUAAAGGUUAUGUGUUUGUUUUGCGUAUAUUGUUUUGAAGAAAAAUGACUUCUUUGCACACAGUAAAUUAGUCCAUUAGAUUAGAGUGUGGAGUUAGAUUCUUUUGUGCGAAUUAGAUUUUAUUUUGCUAUUUAAAAAUGCAUUUCAUGUUUUGUUUUCAGGCUGGGUUCAAUGCUGGUCCUGCUGGGGGCCUUGGUGCUCUUGGUGGUCUAGGCAAUUUGGACUUCAGCUCCUUAUUCAGUGAUCCAAAUAUUGUUAACAUGGUAACACAUUUUGACUUUCUUAAAAAUACACAUGCAAUGUGUUUUUUAAAUUUUUUUGUUAAUUCUUUAAAUUAAAUGCAUACCUUCCUCUAUAUUUAAAAAACACAAUUAAUUGUCUUAUUUUCAAUGCAGUUAAGAAAUUUAUAUGUAAUUUUUCUUCUGCUUCCAGUCACUUUGGCUUCAUGUUAUAUUUUUUCUUAUCAGGCAACAACAAUGAUGUCCAAUCCUCAAGUGCAACAAAUGUAAGUAUGUGAUUAAGAAUAGGAAAUUUUACAUUUUGGGAGCUCCCAAUUUAAUUGUGUAAAUUUAGAAUCAAAAUCAAAUUAUAUUUACAUUUCAAUUCUUUAAAUUAAGUCAAUAUGAUUUUUAACAUAAAUUCUGAAUUAAAAGUGUAUACCUAUUCAAGUUUUAUGAAAAAAUGAGUUUAUAUAUAUAAAAAAAAGGAGGGGGGAGUGGAAGAGGAAACACUACCUCCUAAAGAUAUUAUAAAUAACAAAAUAAUCAAUAUUUCUCCACUCAGUUAUAAUAAUAGGACAAGACAGCAGUGCAAGAUGUAUAUGGCUUAUAUAAACCAAAAAUAACAUGCAUAGUGUAUAUGGCUUAUAUAAACCAAAAAUAACAUGCAUAGCGGUUGAUAAGCAGUGCUUAACUUAGAAUUAUUGUUUCAUCCAUUUUGGUAGUGGUAAUAAUUAAAUAAUAGUAUUAUGCUAAUAAUUUUAAUGUUAGAAUGUUCGUUUUUCAACACACGUAAUUAAAUAUAUACUUUAUAAUUUACAGGAUGGCCAGUCUCGUAAGCGGAUCUAACCCUACUAGUGGUGGUGGCCUUUCUAGUCUGUUACAAGCGUAAGACCAUUUUUGAUGUAGAGCUGGAGGGCAUAAAUUUUAAUAAUGCAAAAUACCUUUAAAAGUUAAUAAAAGUAACAAAAAGAAAUAAGGUUCUAAAUUGUUCAUAAAAUAAAACUAACUACUUAUGGAAAUGAGAUCCAUUAAGACAGGCCUGCACAACUCACAAUUUAAGGCAGGCUGUAAUACUUUAUGAAAAACUUGUGCGGGCUGAAAGAAAAUAGGACGGGAGGAAAGCUAUUAAGAAAAUAAUAAUAAAGAAGAAUAUUUCGUUACUUCGCAGACUGCAAGAUGGGUGCUGGUGGGUCGUAGGUUGUGCAGGCCUGCACUAAGAAGUUGUUUAUAGAGGACAUCUGCAAUAAAUAUGCAUCUUUUUCACCCUUCUUGUCCCUAUGUGUUCCUCUCUGUCUACUGGGCUUGCACACGAUCGGCAUAGCGCAGUGUACAAUUACAAUGUGAAAUGGCAGGAAGUAUGAUGAUAAUAAAAAGAAACAAAGAGUACUAAAUUUAUAUAAAUCAUUGGAUUAAAGUAAAGUCAACCAGACCUGAGAAUUAGAAAACAUUUUUAAAUGCCUAAAUGCACAAAACUUUACGUUUGCUAUUAAAUAGCAACCAAUUAUUAGAAUUAGAAUGCUCUUCCUCAUUAAAUUUUUAACAACUUCUUGGUGGUUAAAUAGAUUAUUUAUGUUUCUCAAAUCGAAAAAUAGAUCAGCCAUAGAGGAUGUCACUAAAUUUAAAAUAUUUAAUUUAAACAUGCGGAAAUACAUGCAGUGGGCUAAAGCAGCAUAUAAAAUAAUAAAAAAUGCAACAUCUUUUACACCCCAGUUAGAAAACCUCUAUUAUAAUACCUUCCAGCUUCAAAGUUAUUAUUCAUAUUUAACAUUUUAAUUAAAAAAAUUGGAGGAUGUAUCAUGAGUGCAUUGUUUCAUUCUUUGAUUGUUAGAAUAAAAGGAAUUUUAAAAAAUUAGUGGGUUUUUUUUUGGUCAAUAAUCAAUUGAAAUUACUUUCGUCAGAUCCCAACAGAUGGCGUCACAGAUGCAACAAGCCAAUCCCGAGCUGGUUCAGCAUCUACGAGAGCACAUGAGAGGUCAAAAUCAAGGGUCUAAUAACAACACCCAAGAUCCACCUGAAGGCCGUGAUGUAUAGGACAACCCUUCUUUCUUUUCCCACUCACUACUUACACCAAACCUCAGAGCCAUUUUUAAAUGAUCAUCUGUGUUUUAACCGUUUUAGAAUAAACAGCUGUGAAGUAGUCAGUCUGUUUCAAGAGUAUUGGAUGACAGAAAACAAGUUAGGGUGAUUUCAUAAACUCAAUGGAUUUUGUAUACAUGUUUUGUUUCUAUAGCAUUUAUAAAUUCAAGUACAGAGUAAAGGAAUUCAUAUGAAUUCAGUACUGGUAUUGUAAAUUGAAUCUGUGGUAAGAUAUUUACCCAAGAUUUUUAGGGAAAAUAUUCAUCAAAUGAUCUGUCAGCAGUAUUUUUUUUAUGUUUUGUAAUUUGGUCCAUUUUGAGUCUUCUAUUCCAAGUGGUAUACUACCACUGUAAAGUUAUAAUGUGAAAUUAUGUCUGUUGUUCCUAUUGAUCAAUAAUCAACUAAUACAUUGACCUGUUAUGAUUCAAUGUUGUAACAUUGUAACCAUUGAUCAAAUAUAUAUGCUCAAAAAACUUUUGUAAAGACCACAAGAUUUAAGGCGUCUGACCACGCAUCAGUUGCUUAAAAUUCUAGAUGUUAAAAGAUUUUUUUAAAUUUUUUUUUGGCGGUUAAGGGAUGUUUUGAAGUCACACACAUUUAUUAUUUUCUAACAAAGGGUGGAAAGUGUUUCUCUAUGUAAUAAUAUUCAUUAACAAAUAAUUGCCACUUGAACAGUCAUUACACUCUUUAAUUUGAUUGAUAUGUUGUGCUGCCUUGUUGUUGAAACUAUUCCAACUUCAGUGAUGGGAGAGAAUGGUGUUUAGAUAACUAUGGUUGUGUGGAUUGGUUAAGUGCUUUGUGAUCGUGUUUUUGAAUGUGCCCAGCUGCCCAAUCUUUGUAACACUACAAAUUGUGAUUUGUUUGCUAAGAAGUAUUUACCGGUAUUUAUUUUUAAAAUUGCAUUAUCAAAUUGCUAAGAGAUCCCUUCCAAAUGAAAAUAAUAAAUUUAUGGCAGUUUUAGGAUCAGGAUUCGGUUGUGAUUAAUUGGAUCAAAAUAUUGAUAUAAUGAUGUCUGUGACCCUACAACUUUAUUACAGAUGCUGUUAUUCUCGUUACUUAUACCGGUAACUUAUACUAACGGUAUUAGAAAUGUUCCUAUACUAGAUGGCAAAUGCAGAACAAUCAUAGUUUUAUCAUGUUGCAAUAUAUUCCAAAUGUUAAAUGAAAGAAUUACAAUAAACAAAUGCUUAGGAAAUGGGAGGAUGAUUCCUUUAUAUUUUAAAUUAAAAAAUUGAAAAUGUCAGCAACAUACACUCUUGACCUGAGAUAUAGGAUUGAUGCAAAUUCCUAAGCUCUUAGCCAGUGACUUCAGAAUAUUCUUGAUACCAUUGAAAAUAAGCAAAUAUUUUUUCAUUUUAGAGGCCACAUUCUGUAUCAUUUAAAAUGGGAAGGGUUUGUAAAUGAUUCUUCUCCCAAUCCCAGCAACAAAUUUAUGUUUGAGAUGUGUAAAAGUACAAAUUUUUUAGCACAGGUAAAAGAUAUAGGUGUUCAGUUUUUUUAUUCGUAUUAUUAUUAUCAGUAUGCAUGUUCAUGGAAGUCUGUAAAUGUGUCAAAUCGAAGCUAAAAAUAUAAUAAACAAUGGAAUUCUUGUUGCACAUAGUAAUCUCUUCAAUGUUUUGAUUUGUAAAAUAAUAGACUUAAAGCCACACCUGAAGUUUUAUUUUAACUUUAAAUAACCAUCAUACCUAAAAUAUAUAUUUUAUGAAAUUAAUCUUUGUAUAGUCUCAGUAAAGUACUAUGAUAAAUCUUAUACAUUUGUACAGCCAUGACAUCAAUGUUAAACUAAUGCAUUGGAGUUAUAAAUGCAAUACUUGUAUACAUUUGUAAAUAACUACAGCAUUAUGUAAUAGGACAAAUUUCUUUUGAGUUUAACAAAAUUACAUUCCAUAAGAUUAAGAUAAAAGCUAUUCACUAUUCCUGUCAUAAAAUGAGAGUAAAUAAAAAAAAACAGGACAAAAUAUUGAAAUGUAUCCAUCAUAAUUUUAUUUUAAUAAAUUAGAAUUGGGGUUAAGACAGUAUUAUGUUGAAAAUGUCCAAUACACUAAUAAAUCAAAAAGGCUUAUUUGUUUUCUUUUAUACCUAUUAAAAAUUUAUUACGGGUACAUGUAGAUUUAAUUACCAUAUCUUAGAAAUGCAAAUAAUUCCUCUAGAUCUCAAACAUUUAAUUUUGAUCUUCAGUUUUGGUACCCUAUUAAAAACAAUACAAUAAUAAUAAUUAAGAGCUCUCUCCAGCAUGCAAAGUUUCAGCCAUAAAGAGUUUGCCAAGACUUUG